CGUUCGCUUUGACAGCGCAAAGUAAACACAGGCACAAAAGAGAAAUCUUACAAAUCAUAACAACGUACCCAAGUUCUGUGAUAAAUUUGUCCUGCGCUCGCGAAACGUAGAGCGUGAAUAGAUAAAACAAUGUUUCGUAAAGCCAAACAAACCAUUGCUCCUCUCCCGAAACCACCGACCGAAGCACAGAUGCUGGAAGAUUUGCAGCUGUUCCACGAAACGAGAUCAACAGUAUCGCAACCUGCCAGCAAAGAGAACCUACCAUCCCUCACGGAGGAGUCAACCAUGGACGAAUGGUGGAAGGUGUACGAUGCCUCGGUGCAGCAACACGAGCAGUUCUUUGACCAAAAGACGAAUGCACUGGAGCUGAAACAGUCGCUGCAGGAAAUGCGAAGUGAAUUGCAAGCAGUGUGCGAUAAAUUAAUGGCCGAAAUCGAGCAAGAUCUGGGACGGCUAGCUGCCACGAUGUCGGAAUAGAUUGCUGCCUUUGGAAUGGUUUGAAUGGAUGGCUAAAAUUUUGAAUUAAAAUAUCUACUGUGAUGAGCGUAACGGAAUAAAACUACUACGGUUUAAUUGUAAUCCUGAA